UGGCUCCCUUCCUCCCUCCCUCCUUUCACCAGCAGUCGAUACACCGGCGUCUUAUCUCGCUCCUUUUCAGCAGUCGAUGUUUCCUUUCCUCUUUUCGCGUCUCACCACUCGAGAGGCUUUUCUUGCACGCCAGCAAUCUGACAGACACGACUAGGGAGGCUUCACUUCCUCGGUAUAGAACUACGCUGAAGACUAGGGACGCUACGCUUACAUCCCUGGGCAUUUGAGGCGCCUCAAAAGUCGUCUCAUUAGGGAGGCUUCACUUCGUCAGUGCAGGACUAGCACAGCUCGUUCUCAAGGCUAGCCGUCGCAGAAGAGAUACCAUUAGGGCCGCCGUACGUUUCCUUUACGAGAGAUACCAUUAGGGCCUCCGUACCUUUCCUUUACGAGAGAUACCAUUAGGGCCUCCGUACCUUUCCUUUACUAUACACUCCGUACUUCUAUUCAGUGACUAGCCGUCUUUCCGUGUCGUUUCAUUCAGUCAGACCAGUCGAAUCAAGUAAAGUCGGCAUCUGAAGAGCGGUGACGAGAGGUGAAGAGCGGUGACGUCGGCCAUGGGGCGUAAGAGAGGUAGCGAACCGGGAAGGGUGUCCGCGCAGCUGCUCGCGCUGCUGCUCCUCUCGUCCCUCCUCUCGUCCUUGGUUCACGUAUCCCUCGCCGUCACGUGCAACGCCGACGACAACAUGUAUUACUGCGCGUCGGGCGACGAGUGCGUGAGCGGCGACCAGCUGUGCGACGGCACGGCGGAUUGCGGCGACGAGAGCGACGAGCAGCAGUGGGAGUGCGGAGGGUUCGAGGACGGGUGCCCUGCAGAAAUGAUGCCCUGCCCUCUCGCCACCAUCAGCGGCGCCACCUGGUGCUUCGACCCCUCUACUGCGUGCGACGGCUCGCCCGACUGCCCCUACGGCGCGGACGAGUGGCCGGGCUUCUGCGUUGACCUCCAGAGUACUUUCAACUGCCCUGACUCACCGAACGAAGUGCUCUGCCCCGGAAAAGAAACCUGCGUGUCAGGUAUGGUGUGCGAUGGGGUGGGCAACUGUGCGGCGGAUGCAGCAGCGGGAGGGGUUGUGCCUGAUGAAGACAAGCAGUACUGCUCGGUGUACGGGUGUUCUGAGGGGUACUGGAAGUGUUCCAACGGCGUGCAGUGCAUAGAUGAAACGCUCAAGUGUAACGGCAAGGCGGAUUGCAAGGACGGGAGCGAUGAGAAGGGGUGCAGCGGCUCGUCUGGGAGUACUGGCGGUGGCAGUACGACUCCGUCUACAGAUGUAACGACCCCCCCCAAAGAUGUAACGACCCCUCCUAAAGAUGACACCACUGGAGGGGGUACAGGGGGUACAUCUGGUGGAGAUGAAACGAGUGGAGAUGGGUCUGUCAGUGAGCCAGCUAUAGGCGAACCGGGAGAUGACACUGGCGGGGAAGCUGGGGAAGAGGGAACGGAUGACGACUCGGGCGGAGAUGAAACUGCGGGUGGUGAUGCUACUAGUGGCGGAAGUGGGGGAGGUGAUACUGAGGUGGGUGGUAUGGCCGACGGAGGGCAAGGGGGGGAGGGUGGGGACGUGCAAACGGGAGGGGAAGCCGGAGGGGGAGGGGGAGGAGGGGGGCCUGGGAAAUCAACUGGCACGAAUUCCCCAGGUCAUCCUCCUAUCAAGCACUUCCCUCCCAAGAGCACUCCAGGCCAGGGGUCAGCUGGGAAGGCUAUUGGGGAUGCGGGAAGUGCUUUCAACAAUGCAGCAAAGGGAGCAGCGAAAGGGGCUGCAAAGAAGAUUGGAGAGGUUACAGCAGUAAUGAAGAAGCUUGUCAAGGAGCGCAAUGUAAAGAGGGACGGGAAGAAGCCAAAGCAGCCGGUUGCAGGGCCAGGCGGAGAUGCAGGUGGGGCUUCAGGGGAUUCCUCAGGUGGAAACACCGGCGGCAGCAGCAGCGGGGCUGGACCCGAGAACGCCAGUGGAGACACCAGCGGGGGUGACAGUAACGCAGGUGACACAAGCGGCGGGGGUACUGGGGGGGGUGCUGACGCGGUGCACACCACACCAGAAUCCAGCUCCACCCAAAAACCCCCUGCCACCACUGGGGCAAGCAGGGGGGGUGGAGGGGCUGCAGAUAAAGGACCUGGCAGCAGCAGCAGCAGCAUCGACGGCGCGAAGGCUCUCGUGGGGGGCUUGGUGACCCAGGCAGGUAAGCAGAUGGAUGCUCUGAGGAAAGCGGCGGAUGCGGCGAGAAGGAAGGGGGCGGGGAGGAAGGAGAAGUGGGGCAGUGGGGGGGGCUGGCAGGGGGGUACUUUGAAGCCUGUGAAAGGGGCACAGGGUGUUAUGAAGCCUGUAAAAGGGGCGGCGGCGGGGAUGAAAAAGGCAAAGAAGCAGAAGAGAAACGGUAAGGGCAAAAAGAAGUAAGAAGAGAAGAAGUUGGCAGGGAAAGGGGUCAGGACUGCAGCAGGCUUUAAGAGGGCGGCCACAUGUCUGACUGACUGCUGUGGGACUGGGUAACUAGUAGUGAAUUGCAUGACAGUUAGUAACAUAGGGAAUGCACAUUAUGUAGUAAUAGGAGAUGGGAUUUUGUUUGUAGUAUGUCAAGGCACCACCUCCUAUGGUGAUCAAUAAUGGCAUGUGCAGUCAAAACGAGCGCAAUCAGUCCGUGA